CAGAUCCCCUCUAAUCAAACGUUCCAGUACCCUCCCCAACGAGAAUACGCCCAAUACCCGCAAGCACAAUAUCAAAACGAAUACGGAGAGCCCGCCAUGGCCGCCUCUAAGCCUAAUCGAUGCAGCAGUCUAGUGAAGUCUACUGGCGAAAUAUUCACUAGAAAAUGGCCGCGCUUAUUCUUUAUCGCCGCCGCGUUACAGGCCAUCAUUGUCAUUGCCUUUGAAUCAUACACAUUUGCGCAAUUCCAAGAUGGCCUCAAGGAUUCCUCUGAAGAUCACUGGGCAGACGAGAAAACUAAGGAAGAUGCCGAAGCCCAAAUGAAGACGAUUCCAACUUUCCUUGGCUUGUUGAUGCUUGGAUUUAUUUACGACUUGGUCAUGGUCUGGGAUGCUCUUCGCAUGAAGAAUACCAUUCAAGUCAUCGGUCUAUGCAUUGCAAACCUAGCUUUCCUUGUCUACGGCGCUCUGCAAAUUGACCAGAUCCACGUGGCCGUCACGAGCUUAACGGAUCUGAAUGCUUUCGACAAUAUCAACGUUUGGGCCGAUGUUCAGGGGAUGCUCAUCGCUAUACCAUGUGUCAUCGCAUUGGGCAGUGUUGUAUACAGCUUCAUCGCUUGGAAGCUAUACCAGGAAUUCGCUUGGGAUAUCCUGAAGCACAUAGGAGCUGACUACAGGAUGAAGAAGCGAUUCCUACACUACCAGGUUUAUAUCGCUCUUCUAAAAUUCGACUUUUUCUUCUUUGUCGGUUUCACGAUUCAAUUCCUAGUUGUGGUUGGGGGCAAAACAACCACCGAAUUCAUACUCACGGCCAUUGCUAUCCCGAUCACCAUCGCUAUUCUACUUUGCGCAGCAUGGUUUACCCGACGCGAGUGGAAGUUCGGAAUGGUAAUCAUCAUGAUCCUCUACCUCGGUGGUCUUACCUACUUCAUUUACAAGCUUGCCCGAAUCUACGAUCCUUACGAAGGGCAAUUCUAUGCGCCUGUUCGCAAGUCUUUGACAACAUUCGCGGUCCUAACCAUCAUAUUGAUCAUUUUGACUAUAAUAAACGGGAUGGUCUGCAUGUUUAACUUUGGCGCCGGUCUGAAGCACCACCUUAACAGCCCCAGACAAGAGAUCGACAAGGACCAAGCCAGCUACUCGAUGCACGACGUCAAGCAACCUCAGAUACCGACCAGAAUGACGAUCGACUAAGAGAUUUCGAGGCACGGCAAAUAGAUGUAUAAAGUGGAUACGAAUUCAUACGACCUUUUUUUUCGAGCAUUUUUCAGAUAUCCAACCUAUGAAAGCCCUUCUCGUAGAAUGAGGAGAGACAUGGGUUUUUUUUCCUUCCGGCGUUUAGCGAUCUAAUCCAGGUUCAGUCCUCAAUGGAGUUACAGGACAUAUUUCCAUUUUCUGUUUUUCAAAAAAGCUCAUAGUGUCGCGUCGGAUUCGAUUGAUCUGGAUAAAGGCAUGCCCAACUGGAUGAGGCAUAGCCAUUCCAGUUCGUCAGGAAAUUAGUAGAAAGGGCGUAGUAAGGGAAUACCCCCCCAAUUUCGAUGUUCUGGGGCCCAAGGUUGCAUAGUUUCGGAUUCGACAAUAGAAGCUGAGGGCAAGUUAGGCUCUCAAAGACACAUGUAGUUAGUAAGCAAUUGAACGUUAAGUUCCGCAAUUUGUGUUCCUGUUCAUGUGGUGUUUUGAUGUUGAAGUGAUAUAGAAUGCAGUGAUGUCACAGGCUACAGCUAGGGAUUAGGUUUCAACGUUGGAAUAACGUUACUUGCGUAGGGCUGAAGCGUAAACUAAGAUAGUUGGGUAUUUGAGUUUACUCAUGUAAGGUCGCAAUAGUGAAUUAAACAAUCAAUCACAAAACCAAGAAGCCUAACAAUACACGCUACUUAGUCUGGACAAACAAAUAUGAGUGCAAAUAC